UGCGAUCCCGACACGGUUAAGCAAUUAUUUUUACCAGGAAUUGGGCUUAAAGGAAGCAUUCCUCGUGAGAUUGGUCUAUUGACGGAUCUCGAAAAAAUUGAUCUUUAUUCGAACGAUCUUAAUGCAGCAAUUCCUGAUGAUAUGCAAUAUCUUGAGAAACUCGGUAGUCUUGUGCUCUACGACAACUUACUUUCCGGCGAGAUUCCGGAAUGGAUUGGCUCUCUAUCCGAUUUGGCUACGAUCAAUUUAGCCAAGAACAAAUUUGAAGGUGGCGUACCGUCGAGUCUGUUUAACUUGACUAAGUUGAUCACUCUUAACCUCGAGAACAAUGACUUCCGCUUUCAACUUGAUGACCUACAGCUUCAAUCUAAUCUUCAGGCUCUAUUUCUUGGCGGCAACAAUAUUUAUGGAAAGUUGACCGAGGAAAGGGUAGACAUCUGGGAGGACAUCGAAGUAUUGGAUCUAAGCAAUAACCAGCUAACGGGUCCUCUUCCUUCGAAUUUGUUUAAUCAAGAGGCACUCAUUAUUUUGGACCUACACGGUAACAAGUUCACAGGUCACAUCCCGGACAUAGGAUUCGACCAUUUAUUACUACGUCAUAUUGAUCUGUCUCAAAAUAUGUUGAACUCCACAAUUCCAGACACAAUCGGCUCGCUUAACGCUCUGGAGUAUUUGUUUAUUGCUUUGAACCCCUUUCUGGAACCUGCACCGGUGCCUUCCUUCUUGGGCGAGCUGACCAAUCUUGUUGACGUGUCGUUUCAGGACAGUAACCGCGAAGGUCAGCUUCCGACAGAAUUGGGUCUGUUAACAAACCUGGUACUUCUCGACUUGGCUGCCAACGAGAUCGAGGGUGACAUACCGGUUGAACUUGGCAAUGCCGAUAAACUACGUUUUCUCUUUCUGAACGAGAAUCAUCUUUCCGGCAAUGUUCCUGGGUCUUUCGAGCAACUGACCGACUUGGUUGUUACCAUGAUUGACUCCAAUGACUUGACGGGAAACGUC